AUGAGUCAAAGUAAUAAUAAUAUUGAUAUCUAUUCAGGUCACUUAAAGACUCGUCUACAGGCUCUGUUUCGUAGCACUAAUAAGGUUUUAUCAGAGUUUGUAUCAUCCCUUACUUUUACAAUCAUCUUGAUUGUUAUCUACAGACAAGAUCCACAUAAAAGAAUGGUAGAUAUGCCUGAUUUGGCAUUGAAAGCAGAAGAGUUUGAAUCGAUAUGUGAUGAAAUGUAUACUUGUAUAGAAAUUAAUAAACAAAAUAUAAUAUUAAAUAACUUGUUUGAAUCACCUAUUGAAUUGAAACAAGAACCAGAGGAUUCAUACUAUCGUCUUGCAACCAAAACACAUUCUGCAAGAGAGACUCGAAAAACAAUAGAAAGAUUCUCCAAGCAAUUGGAACUUAAUCAUCAACAACUACAAAAGUAUCUACAGCAGAUUAGAGAAGAAGAUGCAAUCGACAAACAAAGACAACAACAAGAACAAGAAAAACAAAUAAAACAACAACAACAACCAUCCUCUUCUGAAGACACCUCGAUGCAAAUGGAUCAUCAUCAACAACAACAGUCGCUCGAACAACAACAACAACAAGACCAUAAUAAUCAAGUUGGUGGAGACCAAAUGGAUCAUGGAGGAGAUAAUAAUAAUAAUAAGCAGGUCGAUACACCAAUUACAGCAUCUACAAACAUGGUGGAAAACGCAACCUCUUCCACUACACCAAGUAUGAUUAUGGAAGCAUCUACACCUACAAUUAAUACAACCGACGUUGAUAUGACAUCGUCGGGUGGAGGUGGUGGAGAUGUUCUCAAUGUAGCAUCUCAUCUCUUUAAAUCAUCUACAGGGAUGCCACAAACAGACUCGCCGGGCAUAUCGAUGUAUUCACCUCAAAAUCAACUUAAAAGCAGUAGUGGUGGCAUCGAGAAACAAACAGCCGAUACACCUCAACAACAUUUAUCGUCAGACACUCCAUCACAACAACAUCUUUUAUUCCCAUCAUCACCUGCUGCCAUUUCUAAAAAGGAUGAUGACCUCAUUGCCGAUCCAUCACCUCUAAAAGAACAAGAAAUUCCCACACCACCUUCAAAUACAUCAUCAAAUAUGGAACAUCAUCGUCAAGUAACUAUUGAUUUGGAUGAAGAAAUUGAACAAUCACCACCCCCUAAUCAAGCAAUCAACGUCGAUGAUGAUGACGACGACGCCGAAUUUGAAAUGGUAGAAGCAAUGGGUCCUCCCAUUGAUGAAGUAGAGGCAAUGAUACAACAUGAAACCCAAGACCAAUAA